AUGUCAACCGAGCCCAAAACUGACGAGGGCCCCGCCCCGUCUAAGGCAUCCGACGUUCCCAGUACUCCUCCUGCUGCUGAUGACACCCCCACCAACCAUGACAACAACGGCAACAACAACACACGCAAAACCCGCCUCCGAACCCUACUCUCCAAAGCGGCCGCCUUCGGCCGGGUCGAGGUCCGCGGCAUUACACCGAUCCCGGUUAAAGAGCGGACGGUGACACGCACGGUGAAUGUGUUUACCCUGUGGUGGUCCAUGAACACGAAUAUCCUGGGCAUAACCUUCGGCCUCCUGGCCCCCGUCUACGGCCUCGCCCUCCGCGAUGCCUCCCUCGUGAUCCUCUUCUUCACCCUCCUGACCACCAUCCUGCCCGCCUACCUCGCCACCUGGGGCCCCCGCAUCGGCAUGCGGCAAAUGCUCCAGGCACGCUACAGUUUCGGCCGGUAUCUCGUCUCAGUCCCCGUGCUGCUCAACCUGGCGACGCUGAUGGGGUUCUGCGUGAUUAUGGCCGUGGUCGGCGGGUUGUGUCUGUCGUCGGUGCCGGAGGAUGCGGGGGCGUUGAGUGUGACGGUGGGGAUUGUGGUGAUUGCGGUGGUGACGGUGGGGAUUUCGUUUUGUGGGUUUACCGUGUUGCAUGUGUAUGAGAGGUAUGCGUGGAUUCCGGCGACGGUGGCGUUGAUUGUGGCGGUGGGGACGGGAGGCGGGGAGUUGAGGAAGCAGGUGGUGUAUGAUGAGGUGGAGAGACCGCCGCCGACGGCGGCUGCGGUGUUGUCGUUUGGGAUGAUUGUUGCGUCGUAUAUGGUGCCGUGGGCGUGUUUGUCGUCGGACUUUACGACGUACCUGCGGCCUGACACUUCGUCAACCAAAAUCUUCACCUACACCUACCUCGGCCUCGCCCUGCCCACCAUCCUCCUCAUGACCCUCGGCGCGGCCAUCGGCAACGCCAUCCCCAACGUCCCCGCCUGGCAGGCCGCCUACGACCGCACCCUCGUCGGCGGCGUCCUAGCCGCCAUGCUGGCCCCCGCCGGCGGCUUCGGCAAGUUCCUCGUCGUCAUCCUGUCCUUCUCCCUGCUGGGCAAUAUGGCCGCCACCAGCUACAGCAUCACGCUCAACCUGCAGCUGCUGCUUCCCUGGCUAGUCAAAGUACCCCGUUACCUGUUCUCGAUCGUGUUUGCGGCGGUCGUCAUCCCCGUGGCAAUCAAAGCCGCGGGGGAGUUCUUUGAGAACCUGGAGAAUUUCGUUGCCCUGAUCGGGUACUGGAGCUCGGCGUUUCUGGCGAUUGUGCUGGUGGAGCACUUUGUGUUCCGCGGGGGUGACUGUGCCGCGUAUGAGUUCGACGCGUGGAAUGAUGCGAAGCGGUUGCCGUGGGGUGUUGCGGCGCUGGCGGCGGGGGUGUUGAGCUUUGGGCUGGUGGUGCCGAGUAUGGCGCAGGUGUGGUGGACGGGGCCAAUCGCUGAGACGACGGGGGAUAUUGGGUUCGAGCUGGCGUUUGCGGUGUCGGGGGUGUUGUAUGUCCCGUUGCGGUGGGUGGAGCGGCGAUGGACGGGGAGGUAG